AUGCCUAACGCGCCCUCGCCGCCCUCGCCGAUCUCUUCAGGCAAGAAGAGAUCGCACCCUUCAGAUACUGCGCCGAAUCCCGAGGCGACGAAUUCCGCCUCCAACCCCUCCGCCCCCACAGUGCCCUCUACCUCCCCCGCGGCCACCUCCUCGGCCUCGUCCUCGUUCCGCAAUGUCUCCGCCUGUAACCGUUGUCGCCUGCGCAAGAACCGCUGUGAUCAGCGUCUCCCGCGCUGCCAGUCCUGCGAGAAGGCCGGUGUGCGCUGUGUUGGAUACGACCCCAUUACGAAACGGGAGAUCCCCCGCAGUUACGUCUAUUUUUUGGAAACCCGGGUAGCACAUCUCGAAAAACAGCUGGCCGAUAAUAACAUUGAUUUCAAGAAAGUCGUUGCUUUCGACGAAGAGGAGGCUAUCAAGGUGGAGGCUGAUGGGGACUCGGCGCAAGCUCAGUUUGGUUCCGAUGGUCAGGCUGGAAAGGGGUCUGCCGUGGAGAAAGCACGGAAGAAUACAUCGAAAGACGACGGGGAUGGCUCGGAUCAGAGAGAUGGAGAUAUGAACCACGGUACGGAGGGUGACCCUCAGGAUGAGGAUAAUUGGCGCCUGCAUAAUUUGGUCUCGAAUAUCGGCAUGGUCUCUGUUCAGGGAACCUCCGAUCCCCGAUAUCUCGGAUCGACAUCCGGUAUCUCGUUCGCUCGUGUUGUCUUCGCCGCGGUCAGGAGCUCCCUCCCGGGCAACAUGCCAGAGCGUGCGCCGCUACGCACAAGUGACAGGCUGCCUCAAAGCGCUGCUGCUGGUACGGGAGGAAGCAUGCGUGAUUCAUUCUUCGGGCUGCAGACGAGACCCAUGAUGAAACGCGCAGAUUUUCCUGACCGCGAGUUGGCCGAACGGCUGGUUAAUCUUUACUUUGAACAUGCCAAUCCCCAAAUGCCGAUUCUCCACCGUGGGGAUUUCAUGGAGCUGUUGGACCGCACAUACCAGCUGGAAGAGAAGGACCGCUCACCGCGCGCACAGUAUGUGCUCAAUAUCGUGUUCGCCAUUGGCGCUGGAAUCAUUUUCGACGAUAAACCUCAAAGUUCGGACGAUGAGAACCGUGCAAAUCGGAACAGAGCUUCAUCUACAUCCAAAAGACAGAGACUCUCGAGUCAUCAGUAUCAGCCAGAGGAAUACCAUGCUUCGGCGAUUGUUCACCUGGAAUCGUUCCUUGGGUCGUCUUCUAGCGAGGGCUUUGGUGGAUUGGAAGAGCUGCAGGCAGUGCUCCUUCUAGCCAGUUUCGCCCUCCUGCGACCAGUUGCACCGGGUCUUUGGUAUAUCGUCGGCGUUGCUAUGCGCUUAGCUGUAGACCUUGGACUGCAUUAUGAGGAUGGGACGGGGAUUGAUUCCGCAACAAAAGACGGAAAUCGGGCCCAGUCACGCAUUGAUCCUCGCGAACGAGGACGACGAGAAUGGGUGCGCGACCUGCGCCGCCGCCUGUGGUGGUGUGUAUACAGUUUCGACCGUCUUGUCGCCACCUGUGUUGGACGACCAUUUGGCAUCAGUGAUCAGGCUAUCAGCACAGAUUUGCCGUCUAUGAUGGACGAUAAGUAUAUCACCAAGUCUGGUCUGCUGACUCCACCGGACGGAGCGCCGACAUAUAAGCAUGUCGCAUUCCACUACUUCAAACUCCGUCUUCUUCAAUCCGAAAUUCACGAUGUCCUUCAAUACCAACAAGCGCGUGCUGUGCGAAGAAGGGCCUCCAGCGCAGCCAUCCUUCCCCACGCCGAACUCACUUCGCCUUUCUUGCAAGGCUUUGAUUCCUUCCGCUCAUGGCGCCAUGAUGUACACCGUCGAUUGGUGGAGUGGCAAGAAACCGCUCCAACUCGCCCAGAUACUGGCGUCAGGUUCUCCAUUGAGUUGCUUGAACUGAAUUAUUGGCAAGCCAUCAUCUUGCUGUACCAGCAGAGCUUGACUGUACCUGCUGAGUUGGCCGGGGAGCUUACCCCUGCGGAUGAUGUCUCCAGUCCGUCCUUUUCCAAUCCGGAUGAAGGCGAUGACGAGGAUCAUGUCUAUCUUAAUGUGGCCGAAGCUGGGCAGAAGGUCAUUCGCAUUUAUCGCCAACUGCAUAGAGUGCGCCUGGUGAACUAUACGUAUCUUGCUACGCAUCAUAUUUUCAUGGCCGGAAUCUCGUUUUUAUAUGCCAUCUGGCAUUCGCCUUUGGUUCGAAGCCGACUGACUCUCGAUGAGGUAGACUUCACUGUCCUCGCCGCAACCUCUGUUCUAGGUGACCUGAUGCAUAAAUGCCCACCCGCCGAGGCCUGUCGGGACGCGUUUGAGCGGAUGAGCAAAGCCACCGUCCAGAUGUGUCUAUCAACAACUGGCUUCGGAUCACAAGUCGACAUGAGCCGCAUUCAUGCAUCAAAUGCCGGUAACAACUUACAUACCGGCCGGAAUCGCCAGCAGAUGGACCCGCGACACCGGGCAGGCCAGGGUCAACCGCGGCGAGCUACACAAGCACGCUCCUUCCGUCCAGUUCCAAAGUUCGACAUGAACUUGGCUGAUCUCUUCAACGAUAACAACCCGUUAGCAGACCGCUCUCGACCAGAGAAUAGACCCGGAGGUCCUUCGUAUACCCAACAAGAAUCCACUGGCCGCAACUUCGCUGCAGAGAGAUCAUAUGGACCUCGUAAUCCGUCUAUGGAUUACUAUCCAAAGUACGAAAACCCACCAUCUCCACAGCCGCACCCACAAUUCUACUACUCGACCUCGCCGCAGCAGAAUGGCUCGCCGGGUACUGUUCCAAAUGGCUUGCCGCAUGCAGAGCCAGAAUCGCAAGCGCAGCAAGGACUCAGUCUGGAUUUCUUGGACUUUGGGUCGGGUGACGCCGACGGCCAGGGGAAUAUGGAGGGCGAGGCCAACCCUGAAUACAAUGCCAUGUCUGUACCAUCCCUGGGCCAUAAUCUCGGCCAGAAUGUUGGGAUUGACUUGGGUUUUGGGAUGGCUAUGGACUUCCAGCAUGACUGGAGUGAAAAUCCUAACUAUGAUCUCUUGGAGGGUUAUUUCUUUGGCGGAUCGGGGGCUGGCCCUUCUGGAGGGGAUGCUUAG